UGGUGGUGGGUAGGUGGUGGUGGUGGUGGGUAGGUGGUGUUCCGAAUCGUGGCCAGGUGUGGAUUUCUGCACCUCGACGGAUUUGUUGGUGGUGCUGUGAGAGCUCUUCAUCCAGCAGUGGAUCGAUGAUGGCCGGUGACGGCGAUGGUGGUGAUGGCGAUGGUGGUGGUGACAAUGGUGGUGGUGAUGACGCUGGUGGUGGUGGUGACAAUGCUGGUGGUGGUGGCGAUGGUGGUGGUGACGGUGCUGGUGGUGGUGGUGUCGUGUCGGCCCCGCGCCGCGUCACCGUCUCAUUCGCCACCAAGAUGGCGAUGCUGAGGGCCCUGGACGGGAACCCCAACCAGUCGCGUGUGGCUGCAGACUUCGGGGUGUCGCGGAGCGUGGUCAACAGGACCCUCAAGAACCGAGAGGAGAUUUUACGCCGCUCAUCGUCCUACAAUUCCGACCGCAAGCGAAAGCGCAACUGCAAGGAGGCGGCUAUCGACGAGGCUCUCUUCGUCUGGUUCCAGCACAAGUUGGCCCUAGGCGCUCGCCUCAGCGGGCCCGUCAUGAAGGAGAAGGCUCGCCAGCUCGCGGCUGAGCUUGGCCGAGAGUUCGAGCCGUCCGACGGCUGGUUCAAUCGGUUCAAGGCGCGGCACAGCAUCGCGUUGAGACGGGAUCGCGCGGAGACACCGCAGCUGCGGCAGCGGCGGCCACAGCAUGCCGUGCUGGAAUCGGCUGAGCAGCGGCGAGCGAGCGUCCUGCGGGAGCUGCUGCAUCAGUUCCCGCCCGACGACGUCUUCGCCGCCGACGAAACGGCGCUCUUUCCCCGCGGAUUCGUCGAUCGAGGGCUCGCGACGAUGGCCGAGGCCCCCCACGGCCGUAAGAAGGCGAAGGAGCGAGUCACGGUCCUGGAGUGCGUCAACGCGUCGCGCAGCGAGAAGCGGCCUCUGGUGGUGCUCGGGAAGUCGGAGAAACGGAGAAACGCCUCGAACGACCUGAGCCAGCUGCCCGCGCUUUACCGCAGCUCUGCCAGUGCCUGGAUGACUGCGGCCGUCUUGGACGAGCACCUGCUGAGCUGGGACGGGGAGCUGCGGCACAGCAACCGCAAGAUCGCCCUCUUGCUCGACAGCGGCUCUCUCCGUCAGACCGAUAUCCAGCUGACCAACAUCAAGUUGGUCUUCCUCCUUCCACCACCACCACCACCAAACCUCGCGGUCCACAUCCGCCCAGCAGGCCCAGGGGUCGGCAGUGAGCCGACGGGCGACUCGCACGACGUCCCGGUGCCCAACGUCCCGAUCGCUGAAGAGCUCAGAGAGUGCGAUGACACUGACGUGCAGUCGUCGGAGGAGUUUUGUGAUGCUGAGCACUUGGCCGCUGCGUGUGCAGGCAAGGAACCAAAGUGUGAAGGGGAUGAGCAGCCAGAUGCUGGCGAGGACGAUAAUGGUGAUGAUGCUGAUGCUGAUGAUGCUGAUGAUAAGGAUGAAGCUCUGCCCCUGCCCUCAAACGCAGAGACUCAGAACGCCCUGAGCAUCUUGCGUCGAUUCAUGCUCCAUCGCGGACUCACUUCCAGUGACAGUUUUGCCGCAAUUGAAUUGGAAUUCACCCGUGCAAUUUCCAGUAGUAACGCGCAAUCGCAGUCGGGUGGUUUUUCUAAAAGGUAAGCAUUCCAUUUUUAGAUAAAUGGAGUUUCCACCAAUCAUGAUUUUUUUAUAGCGCUUUCUACGCCACGGUGCAUCACCAGUGCUUUACACGUGAUAAGCGACUUGCAUCACGUCUCAACAAUUUUUUUGAAAGGAUACCCGCAGUGGCAGCUGUUACCUGUGGGCAUAAGGUGACUCAGCACCUGGCCUGAAAAGCGGGUAUUAGUCUGCUAUUAGGGGGGCGAUGUUGCGAUACGUAAUCCCAACCGAGUAAUCUGCGGGUAAUUUUUUAAUUUGGAAAAUUCGGACCGCGACACGAGCACAACAAUGGCCGACUCGCUUUGAAUGACGCGAUGGGAUCGUGGGCGUCUACUGUAAAGCAGGCGGCACGUGUUGUUACGGUUAAUACACCCGCAAUAAUAACCAGGCUGGCCUGCAGGAUUCGAACCAUGAACCUCUGCAGCAAGCGGCGUAGGCACUGCCACUGGGCGGCGUCAGGAGAUGGAGCGAUGAAAUGAGCAUCCUGCACGUGGCAGGUGGAUCAACUCAUGGCAGGAUCGCUGGAGGCGGCGGCGGCGGCGGAACGGCUGGGCUGAUGUUGCCUCCCAUCGUUCAUCAUUUCUUGCGAAAUACUCAUUAAUGCGACUUCAAACAUUGCGUACGGAUUUUGGUUGUAGAAAAAAUAUUGAUGUCAAUUAAAGAAGCCAGGUCAAGUGAAUCGUACUGCUCGUGA